AUGCACCUGAAAACGCACUCUCUUCCAUGUGUGUGCGACCAAUGUGGUAAGAGCUUCAGCAGACCGUGGUUGUUGAAAGGCCACCAACGAACGCACACAGGUGAGAAGCCAUAUGUCUGCUCGUUUUGUGGCCGAAACUUUGCUGAUCGAAGUAAUCUUCGUGCACACGAACAAACGCAUUUCCCACACAGGAAGCACAGAUGUGGUCACUGUGAACUUUCGUUUGCUCGAGUCCAAGUACUGGAGAAGCACAGGGCUGUUUGCGCUCUCAAACUCGAAGCUCGCACGGAAUCUGAAGAUCUCUAG